CAUCUCUAAACCAAUAACUUCUCUAUGCGCCACCGGCCACGGUUGGAGAAUUGGGCUCGCUUCUAACUUGACUUCGUCCCAGUUUGAUCGCAAUUACAGAUACUCGAUCACCGGAAACCCACGUUCAUUCGUUAUCUUCAUCUUUAAUUUUUCUUCGUUCUCUGAGGAAUUGCUUGACUGAACUGGAAAAAUGGCUUAUGGACGCGACGAGGGCACUGAGCAACCCUCGACUCCACCAAGAACACCACGAGUCAAUCCAAGAUACCCUGUUGCUAAGCCUAUAACCUCACCCUCCCCAGCCCUGAGUGUCUCUCAGCUGGGGAAUUCUCCAUGGAAUGGAGGCUCGAUUCUGUUCGACUCUGAUCAGUCGGAAGUUGGCAAAGCCAAUGGCGCUGAUCUCGUACUUCAGGCUGGCCGUAAUUCACGAAACACUUUUGGGUCCAUUCGUCUUUCGACACCUACCAGGAGCAACUCUGAACACUCCUUGGGACCCCACGAGAUCCUCGCUUCCUCAGAACCACCUGUAGCUGCUCCGGAGCGCCCCUUGAGUCAUGAGAAUUCUGAACCCGGUGAGCAGAACUCACGCCGCGCCUCUCAUGCAUCGAAGAGGGCAUCGGAAGCUUCUCAUGUAUCAUCAAUUUAUCCGUUUUCUCCUCCUGGCCUCUUAGCCAACAUUUCCAACCCCACAUCACCAGAACCCAAUAUAAAGCCUCGUAAUUCAUCUGAAGUCGAGGACAAAGACCAUGCUGUAACUCUAAAGGAUGGUGGUGCUCCUGUUGUGGCUGCACCUGGCGUGAGCCCCGCUUCUAGCUCGGUACCGAGACAUACAACCUCCAAGGACAUUCGUCCUUCAGCUUCAACGUCCGUCUCUAUUCAAGGCCCUGUAUUCUCCAUCAAACGUAAACCUCCGCCUUCAGUGGACGACUAUUCGAAGGCAGAAGGAACACGUGGGAGAGAAAGCGGGGUAGAGCCAAUUCUGGAACAUCCUUUUCGCUUGGCUGCCGCCUCGUCAUCUACUCAUAAUCCACCAGUACUCGCGCCUUCUUCAUCUCUUGGUCCCACAUUAGCCUCGUCGUUGUCUCCCUCGAAUCGUGCGCCGAGGAAUCAGGUCUUGAAACCCAGAACAACAACCACAGCUCCUGCGUUGAAACUUCGACCCAAAACCUCGGCUGGAGAGAGACGAAAAAUCCCGCUCAGCGCUAUGCCUCUAAAUGACAAGACAUGUCUCCCGGCUUUCAACGCACCCCAGGCUCAACGCAUAUACCAUCCGCACUCUGGAAAUCUCGUUGGUGCAAGCAACAAGUUAUCGACAUCGACGUCUUCUUCGGUCACUUCUCUCAGUUCCCCGGACGAACCGUCCCAUGUCGCAGCGAGGGACUUCAUUAUCUUCAUUCAUAUCGAUCAAGAGCGAUUCCGCGAAGUUUCCCCCGCAUUUAUCUUCCAUCGAUUCCAAAAGGGCGAUCGUUUACCAGGAUCAAACGGGGGUGAUGUGCAGGAAAAACCAGAGAAUUUUCUCGGUCGGGCAAUUGUACAGGACCAAAAAGCAAAAUCGGAUCGGUCGGAUUCGAUUGGUUUGGUUGGAUCGAGUUCGCGUGGAACACAUGCUCGUCUAGCGGAAUCCUCUCGCAGUGUCCUGGUCGAAUACAAAAUGAGCGGAACGGACUCAUUUUGCUUUCAUCAUUCGGUAAGUCUUACUAUUCAGAAACUCGGGCUACUUAUAUCACAUCAUCACAGGCGCUAGAUAGCUCUCCGACGUUGCGUAAACUAACGGUAAACGGGGAUAGCAAGUAUGAUUAUCUGUCGCGGGAAGCCGCGUUGGU